AUGGAAACUAAGGCAAAAGUCGAGCAGUGGGCAGUGAGCAGGACGCUUUCACGUUUGGCAGAAGAAGCAGAUAUAAAGCAGCAAAACACCUCCCUGAGUCUCUCGCCUCCCCUGGCGCUCGCACCUCUCCCAGGCAAAUCUUUUGCCUGGUGCCUACCGCUUCCUACCCAGGCCACGUGA